AUGAGACAAGCGGCAUCUCUCGAUGCCAUCGCCGAUGACGGCGGGCCGCAAGCCUAUUUCAUCAGUAACCCGCCAUGGGCCCGCGUGACCGACCCACCGCCUCAGGAAGACUCCCGCACAACCUCGUCGACCAGUUCACCCGUUCCUCCCGACAAUGAGGAAUCCGACUUCUUCCUCGCUACCAACGACUCACAGUCCUCGCUCGGCGUGCCCAACUUCCAAAACAUGCAGGUCUACGACGACGAAUGCCUCCAGCCCAUCCAGCGGCUGCCGAACGAGAUCCUGAUCGCCAUCUUCGCUAAGCUGAGCACUUCGGGUGACCUUUUUAAUGCCAUGUUGACUUGCAGAAAGUGGGCUCGUAAUGCCGUCGAAAUCCUCUGGCACCGCCCUUCAUGUUCAACAUGGCCGAAGCACGAAACUGUUUGCCAAACGUUGACCCUCAAAACACCUUCCUUCGCGUACCGCGAUUUCAUCCGGCGUCUUAACCUAGCCGCCCUAGCCGACAACAUCAAUGACGGCAGUGUCAUGGCCUUGGCUGAAUGCACACGGAUAGAGCGCCUCACUCUCACCGGUUGCAACAACUUGACAGAUUCUGGGCUCAUCGCUCUCGUCUCGAACAACAGCCACCUUUAUUCUCUCGACAUUUCCUUGCUCCCCGCGACUGCUACGGCGGGGGGCUUUCGCGACAAUAUAACCGCUGCCUCGAUCGACGCAAUAACUGAGCACUGCCCUCGCCUACAAGGCCUCAACAUAUCAGGCUGCCAAAAGAUCUCGAAUGACAGCCUCGUCCGACUCGCACAACGUUGUCGGUACAUCAAGAGGCUCAAGUUCAACGAAUGCUCUCAAAUCCAGGACGAGGCGGUUCUUGCCUUCGCCGAAAAUUGUCCCAACAUUCUCGAAAUCGAUCUUCAGCAGUGUCGACACAUCGGCAAUGAACCAGUGACUGCGCUCUUCUCUAAAGGCAACGCGCUACGUGAGCUUCGCCUUGGCGGUUGCGAGCUGGUGGACGACUCUGCUUUCCUUGCACUCCCGCCCAAUAGAACUUAUGAACAUCUCCGUAUCCUCGACCUGAGCAACUCCACUGCAGUCACCGACCGCGCCAUCGAGAAGAUCAUCGAGGUUGCGCCGCGACUUCGAAACCUUGUACUCCAAAAAUGUCGCAACUUGACGGAUGCUGCCGUCUAUGCUAUUUCGCUCCUGGGGAGGAACUUACACUUUCUUCACAUGGGCCACUGCAGUCAAAUCACCGACGAUGGCGUGAAGCGCCUCGUCGCCAAUUGCAACCGGAUUCGUUAUAUCGAUCUUGGGUGUUGUCAGAACCUGACAGAUGACUCAAUUACCAGACUUGCCACUCUUCCGAAGCUCAAGAGGAUUGGCCUCGUCAAGUGUACUAGUAUCACGGAUGCCAGCGUCAUUGCCCUGGCAAAUGCGAACCGCCGACCAAGAAUGCGCAGGGAUGCACAUGGCAACCACAUCCCGGGCGAGUUCAGCAGCAGCCAGAGCUGCUUGGAAAGAGUCCACCUGAGCUAUUGCGUUCAUUUGACGCAAGCGAGCAUCAUCCGGCUCCUCAAUUCAUGCCCUCGCCUGACUCACCUCAGUCUAACCGGAGUCCAGGAAUUUCUCCGGGAGGAUCUGGAACACUACUCCCGCCCCGCGCCGCCUGGUGAGCAUUUCCCGUUUCCUCGUCCAAAUACCAAGGGCGUUGCUGAUAACCCUCUUUCAGAAUUUACCGAGCACCAGCGCUCAGUCUUCUGUGUGUUUUCCGGCCAGGGCGUUGUUGCCCUACGCAGACACUUCAACCGCCUGAUCCAGGCCGAGGAGACGCGACGCUCAGCACGGCCUGCCCCCACGGAUGCUCCCAUUUUCCCACCGCCACAAGGGACCUCUCCACUGAUUGAGCCUUCGGUCGACGGGGACCAGGACGGCGUGGAGGACGACGAUGUUCCAGAGGACGAUAUGGUCAUUGACACGCAGCCACUUCUCAACCAACACAACAUCGGUCUUGCCACCAACCCUACAGCUGCAGGAGCGAUACCGGCACCACCACCUCCACCGGAGGCGCCGCCAUCCGUCCAACCCCAGGAGGCAGAAGAGGAAGAAGAUCCUUUUUAUGUCGCCGGGUAUGAGGUCAUUCGUGAUGAACAGGACACCGGAGCUUCCGGAAGCGGUACGGCCGGACAGAGCUCGACAGCCGGCGAUUCACUGAACAACUCCAACGAUCGCUCCAGACUUAUCUACGCAUAUGCCGACAUAUCAACCGACCUUGAGCAGUACCUUCGUGAUCACCCUGGUGGGGUGCAUCCGUAUGGGGAACGCUAA